GAUCUUUUUUUCUGUCUGAGUAUGUACACCAGAUAGAAGGCACGUAAUGCGAGGUGAGGCAAGGCGAUCGGCAGCAUCAACCAGAACCGUUCGAUCAUCAGCUGUCUUCAGCUUCAGAGUCCACCAUGGCUCCUGAUGAGUUUCCUGGCGGGACAGUGGUGGCCUGUGUGAUCCUGGGCCUGUCGUUCCUGGUGGGGGUCCCGGGGAACCUGCUGGUGAUCUGGACCAUCCUGAGGCACGUCCAGCAGCGCUCCCACACCGUGGUGCUCAUCCUCCACCUGGCUGCUGCAGACCUGCUGGUGCUCAUCACCCUGCCCCUGUGGAUCUACUCCCUGGCCCGCUCCUGGGUGUUCGGGGAGGCAUCCUGUAAGGCCAUGGUGUACGUCAUCAACACCUGCAUGUACAGCAGCGUCUUCCUCAUCACCCUCAUGAGCGUUGAGCGCUUUGUAGCUGUGCGACACCCCUUUGCCUCAGCCGGCUGGAGAAGGAAGAAGGCCUUGAAUAAAGUUCUUCUUGUUCUGUGGGUUGCUGCGUUCCUAUUCAGCACCCCAGUCUUUCCCACCCAGGUGGUGGAGGGGGACCCUGGGGAGGAGCAUUGCCUGUACAGGGACUACACCUCAGACGGCCAGGAGGCUGUGUGUGUUCUACUGGAGACGCUGGUGGGCUUUGCUGUCCCCUUUUGCAUUCUUGUGGUCUGCUACAGCUGUCUCUACAGCCGCAUCGCACAGAUUACCUUUAAGUCCAAGCGCAAGUCCAUGGGGUUGAUUGCAAGCAUGGUAGUGGUGUUCGCAUUAUGCUGGACCCCUCACCACGUCGGCAACGUGCUCUCCCUCGUCAUCCUCACCAUCAAGGGGUCCCACCGAGAGGCCGCAGCGAGUAUAGAGAGCGUCAGAACCACCAUGACUUUCAUUGCUGGAGCGCUCGUGUUCAUCAGUAGUUCGGUCAACCCUUUGCUCUAUGUGUUUGUGGCGCGUACGUUCCGGAGUUCCCUGAGGGAGACAGGCAUUCAGAAAUUGUUCUGGCACAUCUCAAGCACAGCUCCCGGAGAGGGGACUAAAGAACUGUUCUUUGUGACCAAGAGACCAAGCAUCUCUCAGACACAGAGCCACAGCUCCCAGUGUGUCACAGAGCCUAAGGAACAAAUGGAUGUACUUGUAAAUAUAUGUGAAAAUGUUUCUUCCUGAGAUUGAAAAUGAUGUUUAUCACAUCUUUGAUAAAGAUUUUUGUGUGUAAAUUACAAAGUUUGAUUUGUCACAUUGUUUCUAUAUGUUAAUUAACUUAAAAUGUAGAAUAGCAAUUGUUAGUAAUGUCUGUGUCAAACAUAAUGCAUAUAAAAACAUUAAAAUAGGUUUUGUAUAUCAUUUUACCUGUAGUGAAUUUGAAUUAACAUUUGAAAUACUUUUUAACAUAUACACAUUUUUCUAUGUAGGCCCCACUGUGUUAGACACAUUUUUCUAUGUAGGUCCCACUGUGUUAGACACAUUUUUCAAUGUAGGUCCCACUGUGUUAGACACAUUUUUCUAUGUAGGUCCCACUGUGUUAGACACAUUUUUCAAUGUAGGUCCCACUGUGUUAGACACAUUUUUCUAUGUAGGCCACACUGUGUUAGACACAUUUUUCUAUGUAGGCCCCACUGUGUUAGACACAUUUUUCAGUUGUGGUAUAAUGCUCAUUUCAUGCUCAAAUGUUUUUAUAUUCCAUGUGCCACAGAAGAAAGAGCUUCAUAGAAAAAAAAAACAUAGUGUCACUGUAUAUGUUUGUCUGAAGCUAUAUGAUAUGAGUAUAAUGACUGAGUGUACUGUAUGUAUUCAGCUGCUUAUCUUGAGGCCUUGCUUCAAUACAUUUAUUUUAGACCCUC